CUUCCUGUUUCCCUGCGAAGCGGAGCUGACGACACAUUACAAAACAACAUGCUACGAUCUACUCGUGUAACGCUUAUGUAGUUUAAGUAGGAAAGUAUUUAAUCUAGUUUACUACGUCUACGUAUUCUUAUUUCAGAUCUUGGUUCAUCGGAAACUUUGUGAAGAUGCCUAUCCUGUGCAGCAACUGUAUCGACAAGCGCGCUGUGCUGAAACGUCCGAAAACCGGCCACUCGCUGUGCAAGGAGUGCUUCUUCUGGGCCUUCGAGGAGGAGGUGCACAUGACGAUCGAGUCGGCAAAGCUGUUCAAACCUGGGGAAAUAGUGGGAAUCGCUGCCUCGGGGGGAAAGGACUCGACGGUGCUAGCACACGUAAUGAAGCUCCUAAAUGAGCGAUACAACUAUAACCUUGAACUGAUGCUUCUCUCGGUUGAUGAGGGGAUCUCUGGUUAUCGGGACGACUCCUUGGAGACAGUGAAGAGGAAUCAGCAACAGUAUGAGCUGCCAUUGAAGAUCGUGUCGUAUGAGGAGCUGUAUGGCUGGACGAUGGAUGCAAUAGUGAAGCAGGUGGGCCUGAAAAAUAACUGCACCUUCUGUGGAGUGUUCCGAAGGCAAGCGCUAGACAGAGGCGCCAUCAUGUUGAAAGUGGACAAGAUAUGUACAGGUCACAACGCCGAUGACGUGGCCGAGACAGUUUUGAUGAACGUCUUGCGAGGGGACAUAGCUCGCCUGCGGCGAUGCACUGCCAUCUCCACAGCCAGCGAGGGUGACGGCGUCGUGCCGCGCUGCAAGCCCCUCAAGUAUGCGUACGAGAAGGAGAUUGUUCUGUAUGCAUACUUUAAGAAGUUGGACUACUUUUCUACUGAAUGCAUCUACUCUCCCAAUGCUUAUCGUGGCUACGCAAGGACCUUCUUGAAGGACCUGGAGAGUGUAAGGCCUAGCUCCAUAAUGAAUAUUGUUCACUCGGGGGAGAACCUGUCUGUUCGGGAGGGGGUGAAGAUGCCUGUGCAGGGCACCUGCAACCAAUGUGGCUAUAUCUCCAGCCAGUCUCUGUGUAAGUCAUGUGUGCUGCUGGAGGGGCUGAACCGAGGUCUGCCGAAGCUGGGCAUUGGCAAGCACCACCGCCUGCAUGACAAAAUCCUCUCCAAGGAGCCCCUCACUGAGCGGGAGCAGAGAAAGCUCAAAUCAGUAGACUUUUGAAAAUGAUGAUCCCGUUUUAUUUGCCACAAGACGUAUAGUAAGAUUUUAAAAUAAACCAUGGUUAUUAUUCCAUAUCAAAUGGCCUGGUCUGAUGACUCAACUGUUAUUGUCUUCAUUCAUCAUCCAUAACAUAUAUUUUAAAAGUUGCAAUGGAAUAUUUUAUUGGUAAAAACUGAGAAAAAGCCAUGCCAUUUACGCUCCAUAGAAAGAUAGUCCAUUCACUGUUGUCAUUCAGCUGAUUACCAGAGAUCACUGUGACACUACGUAGACAUACCUUUUUGUGGUUUUAAGAACUAUUUCAAUGUCUAUCAAAGCGUUGGUGCCAAUGUCCGUCCGAGCUUUUAAAGUUACUUUUACCAGUAUUGAUAGUUAUUGAUCAGGAUCUCUUGGCUUUCCAAAUUCUUACAUAUGCUUAAAAGUGUUAAGUUCUGUACACCCUCUAGGGUUUUUUAAGUUCAGAAACGAGGAAUGGCUGGUUUUUCAAGUGACAUGGUUGUGAAUAUGUUCUCAGCAAUGGCCUGUUUAUUUCUUCUUUUAUUUUUCUUCUGUGUGUUCCAAUGGCUGUGGAUCAUACGGUGACAAGGGACCGUAAAUUAAUAAAUACAUUACCCCUA